AUGGAGACCCCCAUCUCUCCUCAUGUCGACCGCAGCGAACUCCAGACACAGCCUUGGGGCAGCAAAUGGAGGUCGUCAUACUGGUUUGUGACAUUUGUGGUUUGGCUAGGUGUUGCCACAGAUCUAGUUGUAUAUUCAAUGGUCAUUCCCGUCGUGCCUUUCCAGCUUGAGAAGCUUGGUUACAAGGACGUGGCCUCCCUGACUGGCUGGCUACUUUUCGCAUAUUCUGGAGGCCUUGCGAUAGCUACUAUUCCCGUCGCGGUAUGGUCUGAAAAAUACGAUGCACGGAAGCUUCCUCUUGUCGCAGGGGUGUUCAUACUCAUAGGCUCGCAAAUCAUGUUCAUGGAGGCUCCAGCGUACUGGGUUAUGUGUCUUGCGCGAGCUCUUCAAGGUAUAGGAUCUACCAUGGUAUGGGUUGUUGGGUUGGCAUUAUUAUGUGAUGAAGCUCCGCCAGAACUUGUCGGAAGACAACUUGGUAUCGCAAUGUCGGGUCUUUCUCUUGGGUACGCAUCUGCGCUUGUCGGGCCUCCUGUAGGCGGCGGGCUAUACACACGCUUCGGUUUCCGUGGACCCUUCAUCUUUGGCAUCAUAGUUGCCAUUUUGGACCUGGCCUUCCGGUUCCUUAUCAUCGAAAGUACGAGUGCCAGCAAGCUCCGAACCAGCACCGAGAAGCCUGACAAUGAGAUCGCACUGGAGACCAACGUUAACAGCCUGAGGGACAUUGGAGAUGCCAUCGACGUGCAGAACAAGAAGGUUUCGUUCGUGCAGAUCCUCCGCCUGUUGUUCCGUGCGCACCGUGCGCUCGCCGCGGCGUUCCUCACUUUAGUGUACGGCAUCGUCUACGGUACCCAAGAACCAGUUAUUUCCAGUCACUUGAACAGCGUCUGGGGCCUGAACUCCGCAGACGUUGGUCUCGUCCUUUUGACCUCUGUCAUUCCGACUCUUUUCGCGUCACCUCUCUCGGGUUGGUUCUCAGACCAUCAAGGCCCAUCCGUGGUCAUCUUGAUUGCUCUGAUCCUCGCCGUGCCGUGGUACGUUGUAAUCAUCGUAGAUGGCCACCUUGCGCUGUUUAUCACAGCUUAUGCAUGUGCUUAUUUCUUUGCAUCUGGGGUCCUGUCCCCGCUGACCGCUGAGCUUGCGUCUGUCGCUCGCAGUAUAGAUGGCAUUGGGUAUGCUUACGUGUACGGAGCUUUUAAUUUGGCGUAUGGGAUCGGCACAACAGUUGGACCCGUUGUGGGCGGUCAGAUGUACGACCAUAUUACCAGAGGAUGGCUGGCAAUCUGUUUGUUGGCGGUUGGGUUACUUGGGCUUUCGGUGGUUGUAACGUUCGUCUACGUUGGGGAAAAGCCUGUCGCGCAAAGCUUUAUCCGCCGUAUUAGAUUACUGUAG